AUGUCAUCGGACCUGUCCCGUAUUGGUCUCAAUUGGAAAGCCAAGGAAUUCGAUAAGACUAAUCGCGUGGCCCAAAUUGAUCGAAGAACAAACUGGAACAAGCUCUGUGAGCGAGCGUCAAACCUCAGAGGCGGUUUACAUUGCCAGCCACUUAAUCAUACCACCAACGGGUUUUACAAUCUUGUACGCCUGCUUGAAUUCGCAGAUGGUACUCUAUGGGUCGCCCGGAUCAAUUUAAGCAGGUCCGUGGAGUCCUUGGCGAUUUUGGAGAGCGAGAUCCACGUCAUGCAGUUGCUCAAAGCCAGAUCCUGUCUUCCAGUACCUGAGAUCUUUGCGUAUGAGGUUAACGAGAACAAUGACGUUUGUGUCCCUUUUAUUCUUAUGGAAUUUAUCCCAGGAAAUACUGCGAUGAAUGCUGCAGGCGGCUAUGAUGAACAUCGUGGCCGGAUUCUGGCCCAACACCGCCCAACCUUUUAUCGCUCCGUGGCCCAAUGCCAUCUACAAAUGACUGCUCUUCGCUUCCCCAAGAUUGGCACCAUUGUUAGAGCCCCGAAUGGCCAAUAUGACGUUGGCCCUUUACCGCAUCUUGGCGGACCAUUUUACACAGCAACCCAAUUCUUCGAAGCUUGGGCGAAACACGCCAAAUUCCCGCGCGACGAAAACGACAUUCUACGUGGAAUGCGAAACGGCCCAGUUGAAAAGGUUGUUGGAGCUAUUCGAGAGUUUCCAUCUCAGAUUCUGGCCUUGGCAAGCCGGCUUUCCGAACAGGAUCAUGGACCGUUUCCCCUCUGUCACGGAGACUUCAUUCACAGUAACAUGAUUGUUAAUGACCAUUUUGAUGUUACUGCUAUUAUUGAUUGGGAGGGUUCACGUACACUUCCGCUAGAGCUUGUUGCAUUUCCGGGUUUUCUUAACAUUCUUUCAGCCCAGUUUGGCUCAAGUGAUAGAUAUGACGAAGAGGGACUGCCGCUGGACGAGGAAGAAAGGCAACGAUGGAAUGACAGAAAAGGCUACGUGGAAAUGGUUAGAGAGUUUGAGGGCACUGAUAAUGUGUUGUCUACGUGCCUCAGCAAUAAGAAAGGGCUGGCGUUAGGCUAUCUCAUAUCAUCGUAUGAGAAUGGGAAGCUAGGGUUCUAUGAUGAGGUCAUGAGAGAACAUUUUGGAGAAGAAUCGGAAGGCAUUUAA